UCCGAGGCUGCUGUGUCACUGGAAGGGUCUGCUGGGAUGCUGCGAUAGGAGGAGGCACCUGCGCUUUUUCCUGCUGCAAACCCCAUCUUUCAGGCUCCUGACUUUUUCCCAGCAAGUUUGAGCAUCUUUAAGGAUGGAGUCCCUUCCGGAGCCCCUGCUGGUCCAAAUUCUGGCUUACCUUCCCGCGGUCGAGCUGCUCUUGGUGUGUCGCCUCGUCUGUUCCCAGUGGAAGAACCUGAUCGAUGGAGCCACCCUCUGGUUGCUGAAAUGCCAGCAGGAGGGACUUGUUGGGGAAGAUGCGGCAGAGGAAGGCGCUGAGAACUGGCAGAUGCUCUACUUUCUGCAUCGGAGGAAGCGGAAUUUAAUCAAAAACCCAGACGGCGAAGAGGGCCUUGAACACUGGGUGGACGUGGAAAACGGAGGCGAUGGCUGGAAAAUAGAGGAUCUGCCUGGAGAUUUUGGGAAAGAAUUUCCCAGCGACGAGGUCCACAAAUAUUUUGUCUCAUCUUUUGACUGGUGCAAUAAGUCGCAAGUCAUUGAUCUCCGGGCUGAGGGUUACUGGGAAGAGAUCAUGGACACCAUCCAGCCCAAAAUUGUGGUCAGAGACUGGUAUGCAGCCCGGUGUGACGCCGGCUGCCUCUACAACUUGAAAGUGCAGCUGCUGUCGGAGACGGAGGAGGUGGUGGCUGAAUUUGCGAGCGACACCAUUGCCGUCCCGCAAGACAACGAGGGCGAAUGGACUGAGAUCACCCACACUUUUGCCGACUACGGUCCCGGGGUUCGCUUUGUCCGUUUUGAGCACGGCGGUCAGGAUACGGUCUUUUGGAAAGGCUGGUACGGAGCUCGGGUGACCCAUAGCAGCAUGACCAUAGAGCCUUAGUGGUGGACUUGGGGAGCACUGGAGCUGGUUCAGGCAUGCGCAUCACACCGUCCCUCACCAAGGCGAGAGGGAAUUUUUUGCAUGGUUUUCCUCCGGGCUGAAUUAAGUAUCAUGAUAUAUCAGGUAUGGGGAACCUUUGGACCUCCAGAAGUUGCUGAACCACAACUCGCAUGUGGGGAGAGUGCUCUUGUGCUCAGAUCCUCCUUGCAGGCUUCCUGUUGGGGCAUCUUGUUGCCUACUGUGAGAACAGGGUGCCCCCUCUUGGCCUGAUCCAGCAAGAUCUUCUUGCGUUGAUGUGAAGGAGGAGAGGUGUAACUCAGGGAUAGCCAAUGUGGUGCCCUCUUGAUCUUCUCCCACCAGCCCAUACCACAUGGCCAAUUGGUCAGGGAUUGAUGGGCGUUGGGAAUUCAUCGCAUCUGAGAGCACCAUGUUGGCUGCCUCUGGGAUCACCUAUUGAAUUUGGCAACAGGACUUGAGAACCACAGUUUUUUUAAAAAAAGAAAUCAAUAAUUUUGCCCUUGCUCAGAUUUCGCACAGGAAAAAAAAAUCAAAACGACAACAAACCCAAACCUGAACAAACAAGAUUCAGCAAAAUCAAUUGUCCAAAACACCGCUUGCAUUUCAAAUUAGCCCUGGGUUUUAGCUUGCCUGCAGUGGGCCCAGUCCAGUUCAGGGUUCAGCUAAAGCUGGUGCACAACCUUCGUGUUGUAAAUACCUGCCUGGACCAGGGCCUUGUUAUGGAAAUAUGUGUAUGCAGAGAUCCUCAGCGCUCUGAGCUGCCUGUGUGCCAGUGUGUGUAUUUACCUAAGCAGCAAACUUUUACCCUGCGUUUAGAUCACUGAGACUUAAGACUUAGUCAAAUAAGAAAUGCUACUUUAUUGAUAGAAAUACUUAGUAGAUAGGAAAGGCAUACCUUGUUCUAACUAAGUUGGGGGUGCAAUGCCCAGACAUGGGUAUGGCCCUCAUGGCUCAGGAGAGACAGCAGAGACAAAGAUGUCUCCUCUCUCCUUGGACAGUCGAAGAGGAAGGAGGGGCAGAUCAGCUUCCCUGAGCAUAUCAGUUUACAACGGAAGGAAGUCACGUAAAGAAGAGCACAGGUCAAGGCAGGCAAGCCUAGCCAGCCGGAGGACCGAAACUCUAUCUUCCUUCUGGAAUACAAACGAAAGAACCCAAACAGGAGUUGCUCUUGCCUCACUUACAAAAGGCCUGGCUGAGCGUCCAGAAGAGAUGGAGCCUCCAGCUCACCUGCGGUGACCCUCUCAUGUUUCAGCGCAAGGCCGUGGAAUCUGUGGCCCUUCAGCUGUUACUGGACUCCCAGCUCUUAUCUAUCCCAGUCAUCGUGGUUGAUUUUAAGGAUGAUUGAAAUUGUCGUCCCGUGACAUUGCGGGAGCCACAGGUUCCCCAUACUUACUUCAAUGUUUUGUGACACCAAAGGUCAAAAUCAAACGCUGCCUUCUCCUCCCGUUAGCAAAGUGCUUCCAAGAUCAUGUCUGAAAGGGGUGUGUGUGCACUCGUAUGGCCUGCCCUGCUCACUGACAGCCCUGGCGGAGGGUGGCAUGAAAUAAAUAGCCAUUGUCUUCUUUACCUCUCACUAAACUAGUACGAUGGUUCAGCACCACACUGUCUUUCCUCCCUUCGGUGUAGGCUCCCGGGAUGGGUUGCACAACUGUGCAUGUAAA